AUUUUUCAGCCACCAUCUUCCUCUCCCUCCCGGACCCCCGUCGCUGCCAGUCAUAGGUAACCUGCAUCAGAUACCUAAGAACUUCCGGUGGAAGACGUAUAAGGAAUGGCACGACAAGUAUGGCCCUGUAAUCACAGUCAAAUGCGGACUGAAAACGAUGAUUUUGCUCGGGUCGCACAAAUCAGCCAGAGAUCUCUUGGAUAGACGAGGAGGUAUCUACAGCUCACGUCCCCAUUUUGCCGGACUAGGAGACUAUGGGUUUGGCGGCAAGUCGAUAACAUUCCUACCAUACGGGCCGAGGUGGAAACAGCGAAACCGUAUACAGACGGCUCUUGUCAAGCCUAGUAUGACGAAACGAUAUCGUGUUCUCCAGGAUAUCGAAAGCAAGCACCUUUUGCUCAAGAUUCUUUUGCAAGGAAGCGAGUUUUUUGACAUCUUCGAGCUCUACCACGCUAACCUUCUACUCGUUUUGAUGUAUGGCCGGAGAAUUGCAGACUUGGGAGAACGAUAUCAAGAAGAAUAUAUCGGGAAUAUCACCGCUGUCGAACACGCGUUCCAGCGUAACCAUGUGGUGGAACCUUUUCCAUGGUUAACUGAAGUAUUGAGCUUUGGCAAAUGGAAAGCCAGAUCACAAAAGGCGAUUAAAAAUCAGGAGAGGUUGCUUGAACAGCUCACAGAUACGGCACUUAUGUCACGUUCAUGGAAUUGGUGCAAAGCCUUAGCCGGGGAAAAAGAGAUGAAUAACAUCGACAAAGAAGAUAUAAUAGUGACAUCUGCAGACCUUUUUGAAGCCGGCCACGCUGUUCCGAUGACCCUGUGCGUCUUCGUCAUGGCAAGCGUAUUGCAUCGGGAUGCCGUCAAGGAGGCACAAGAAGAGCUUGACCGAGUUGUAGGGCCCGAUAGGCUGCCAACUUUCGACGAUAUGCCGAAUUUGCCCUAUGUCAAUGCCUUUAUAGCCGAGAUUCAGAGAUGGAGGCCCAUCGCCGUCACCGGGAUGCCUCACGCAGUCAUUGAGGAUGACGAGUACAUGGGUUACAGGAUUCCAAAGGGCACGCCUGUGGCAGCCAACCACUGGUCACUCGAGCACGAUGAGGAAAUCUUCGGUGACCCCAGCAACUUCCGGCCGCAGCGAUGGAUCGAUGACUCUGCGCUGCCAACCUGUCAGUUCGGGUUCGGUAGACGAGCUUGUCCAGGGCAGUAUCUUGUCCGCGAUACACUCUUCUCAGUGAUAUCACGGAUGCUCUGGGCAUACAACUUCGAAUAUGCCUAUGAUGAGGCUGGAAAUAAAAAGGAGAUUGAUCCGGACAAUGUGUCACAGAGCCCGGACUCGCAGCCGCUGCCUUUCGAUGCAGUCUUUGGCAUUCGUAGCUCGAGGCAUCAGGAGAUAGUGGAGAACGAGAGCAAGGCUUGUGAACAAAACCUGGAUAUUAUUCUCAACAAAAUUAAGCCGAGUGAGAAGGAGCUAUAG